UCAGCGUCCUCUAGCGGAAGUAGUUUGCUAUUACAAAUUAGUUUUUGGCAAAGUUAUCUGGUGAUUGCCUUGGGUUCACUCUUUUUUCUUGCCUGUUAAUAUGAAUUUCAUGAGUUUCAUAACUUUUUUGUUUGUUUGUUUUGUUUGUACUUUUUUUAGUGAUUAACUUGUUCUGAGACUACAAUAACAUCAUGCCGGGUGGUUGGUACAGUUACGUAAUACACGGACAGCUUUGUGUCUUCAGAAUUUAGCAGAAAUCAAUAUGUGCUCCUGUAUCACCCUCGUUGUCACUUCUACAGGCCUGCAACUUUAAAAAACAGGCAAUGGCCACUUUGUAACCUGAUCAAGCCUUGAAUAAAUGAUGGAGCAGUAUCUGGGUUCACUAUUGCCACGGUUGUUGCUGUUUGCAUUUCUAAGGACAGAAACCAGCUGAACAAAGAUAAUCAGGCUGAAAGACAUUUAAACAACAUCUUGCUAUUACUAACCCUAAGGAUGAAUCCUGAGUAUGACUACCUGUUCAAGUUGUUGCUGAUUGGGGACUCUGGUGUAGGAAAGUCGUGUUUACUUCUACGGUUUGCUGAUGACACCUAUACAGAGAGCUACAUUAGCACUAUUGGAGUGGAUUUUAAAAUCAGAACUAUUGAAAUGGAGGGGAAGACUGUUAAACUGCAGAUUUGGGAUACAGCAGGGCAAGAGCGAUUUCGAACAAUAACAUCCAGUUAUUAUCGAGGGGCACAUGGGAUUAUAAUUGUCUAUGAUGUCACAGAGCAGGAGUCUUUCAACAAUGUGAAGCAAUGGUUAGAAGAAAUUGACCGCUAUGCCUGUGAAAAUGUCUCCAAGUUGUUAGUCGGUAAUAAGAGUGACCUUGCCUCAAAAAAGGUGGUAGACUUUACCACAGCAAAGGAAUUUGCGGAGUCACUCAAAAUCCCAUUCCUGGAGACGAGUGCCAAGAACGCAAACAACGUAGAGAAGGCAUUUUUAACAAUGGCCUCUGAAAUCCAGAAGAGGGUUGGGACGGACAGUGUUCAGAAUGAAGCUAUUAAAAUGGGAUCCAAAAUAAACAGUGCCCCCUUAUGGCCUGGUGGAGAGAAGUCAGUAGCUGAGGAGGUCAGCUCUUGUUGUUAGUGCUCAGCAUCUUUUAAAUUCAAGUUAAUAUUUUUGUUUAUCAUUUUAUGUGUUUCUCUUUUUCCUUCUUUUUCAUUCUGAAUAUGAAAUAAUUCAUUGAUUUUAUGUUUCCAUGAGCUAAUGAAAGUUGUACAUGCCUUUUCUGUAAAUGCUCUUUUCUCGUUUUUGGUAAUGAACCAAACCUGUUAGCAUACACAACCUCUUAUCCUAUUAUAAUCUCUUAUGCUGCAUUUAUGUAAUGAAAAAUACAACAAAACAUUAGUAUUGUGAAAUAUUAUUACAAUUUAAAAUAAUUUAUUUUCUGUUUUAAUAUAUUUUAGAAAUGUAAUUUGUUUCUGUGUGGAAAACUGAAUUUUCAGUAGCCUUCUUAAAAGAAGCAACACAAAGAAAUCUAAGAAAAGUUCAGCUUAAAAUAUGUUUACUUUUCAAUUUCUCAAAAAAUAAAAAAUGUAUAUACAUUAAAAAGCUUUUUAUGAGUGUCAAGCAAUCUCUCACUGUGCAUUGCAUAUACAGAAGCAUUUGCACUGCAUUUGAAUCUAAAUAAACACUCAGAUCAACCUAAUGUGCAAGUAAGUAUUACAUGCGCAGAUAAAGCACUGGCCCAAGAGUUGCUGUGCAUGACACUGCAUUAUAUGUGUCUCAGUGUCAUGAAGAAAUAAAUAGUCAUUACCUCAUCUCAUUACUGAAAAAAAGUCAAGUAAUAAUACAAUUAAGGAGAUGUAAUAUACAUUAUGUGAUGGUCAUAUCUGGACAUUUAGCUGAAUAUAUGAUAUUCAUUUUUAUGAUAUUUCAAAAUAUUUGAAAGUUGUGCAUCUUGAUUUAUAAUAAAAGCUCUGAAAGGGUUAAACUUUUUUAAGUCAAGCAUUGCAAGCAUUUGAAUCAAACACAAAAUGCACUGAACAUUACUACACGACAAAACAACUCAGUGCUAACAAGCUCAGCUGACAAGAUCACAACAUAGUAUUCAAUCACUAAACGUUUUAGGCC